UCUUUUAUUGUGAAGGGCCGGGACAGGACGUGGUGUCGCUGCUGCCGGAGCUGGACGAUGAGCUUCUUCCUGUGACUCUCAUCAUCUCGCUGGUCGACUCUGCUCAUCGCAAGCAGGGAACCCGGCCCGGGGGAGAAUCGGCUGGUGUGCGGUGCAGAACAACUCGCUGGCUGCGUCACUGGGCGAUGCUAGCUGCUGCUGCUAUGUUUAUGUAGCUCGGUCCGCUGGCGCGUUAACGCGGAGCUCGUCGAUGGGAAAGUUCCCAGAUGCCAGUGUGGGUGUUUUCUGAUCGGUGGUUGUAGCCUCACUGGAGUAAAGAGGUGAACCGGGGAGGAGCAGCAGGAGAGUCGGUUCGCUAACAACACAAACUGCUGUGUGACAAUUUCUCGCUGAUUGGGGGAGGGCGGUGAGACCAUGUGGGAGUCACAUGAGCGACGAGGAUGAGGCGUAAACAACAAGGGGGCAGCCUGAGGAGCAAACAGCUGCACAGUGUCCGCCACUGGGAGGGGGUCUGCUGCAGCCCCACGUGUCCCCGUGUCCCCGUGUCCCCCCAACCCUGUCCUGAACAUAUGCAAUGAACAGCACCACUCAGUCCCCCGCCAUCGAUGGGGAUGUGGCAGUCAGCUAUGUGUUGGUGCCAUUUUUCCUCAUCACCAUCAUUGGGAUAGCUGCGGCUGUGGUCAUGUAUAUCCGAAAGAAGAGAAGGAUUGACAGACUCCGUCAUCAGCUGUUACCAGUUUACACGUAUGAUCCUUCAGAGGAGCUUAAUGAAGCCGAACAAGAAAUGUUGUGGAAAGAAGAGGACACACGGAUUGUUCAAGGUUGGGCUAAAAGUUAUCAACAGCGGCGCCCUCUCCUGACCAAAGAUGUCAACGCAUGAUUGCAGUGAACCGUGGCAUCAAACAUUCGGCGGUGUGGAGACGGCCUUCUGUCAUUUUUAGUCGUGCACAAUACUUUGGUUUGCUUUUCUUUACCACCGUCUGGAGCCAUCUUUGAGUACAUCAUCCAAGAGUCAGCUUUUUCCUCGCUGGGCACAUAGUGACGGAGGCUCUGAUGCUAACUCAUGUGCCUACGAGACGCUGUACCUUAAACUUAUUUAUUUGAAAUUAUUUAUUCAACCUUUAUUUUACUGUGGUGUUCAGAGACAAGACUUGAGAGUGAAGAAAGGUGGCGUGCGUGUGUAAAGAACCGGAUUCCUGUGGGUGGCAGUAGGGAUUUGUUCUCACUGUGUUUUAAAGGUUGUGGUUAGAGUAUGAAUGUUCUGCACUAGUUAAACAAAUCCCUCCUGCUGUGUCGGGUGUGGUAUCAUGGCCUGGACUGGUUGUUGUGUAGAGGUGGUUUACAUUGCUUUAAAAACACUGUUGGUUUUCAGUUAGUCAUGUUUGUUGACAUGAAUCACUGUAAUACCAUUUCCAAAAAGACUUAACUUCAAAGCUUUAGAGUUUGCUGUUGACUUAGGUUUGAUACAUUUUCUGUUUCACUUUGAGUCUCAAGGUUGAUCACGUCCUGUUUUAAUUUGCUCACCAGAUGAUCCCACCCUUUUUUGGUUGAGCUAAAGUCCUAUGACUCCUAUCAAAGGCACGAAGAGGUAUGUGAAUAAAUAACACCAAUAUCCUCUCAGCUCCAAAAUGAGUUGUGACUAGUGCCCUAAAAAUGUCCUGUCCAUGAGGCAUGGCACCAGAAGAAUCUGUUUGAAUGAACACCAUAGGUCUGACUCAGGAAAACCUCAGUCUUUUUUUUUUUUUUUCCUCAGUGAGCUGUAACCUCUCCUGACCUUUGUUUGCCAUGCAUCUGUGAAUGUACACCUGAGAACAAUAGAACUGUUACACUUUCCGUGACGGGGGAAUAUCAACUCAUGCAUUGGACUUGGUCGGCUUAUGCUCUGAACUUGUGAUCCGUGUACUUCAGAAUGAGCUCGUACGAAAGCUUGGGGAUGAUUUUGCAGGAAACCAACUUUACCCCCAGAACAUGCUCCUUGGUGCAAACUGCUCAUAUUUACAUUUCAUUGUUCAUUUUAUAUGCAUAUAAGGAUUUUUUCACAUAAAAUGUUAAAGGUGAAAUUGACCAUUCACAGUUUAGACAGAACAAAUGAUAGAUCAUGUGAUUUUCAUUCACACACGCUGUGAACUUUCAUGGAUGGCUCUGAUUUCAGGUCAAAGACUCAAAGAACUACUGAUGUAACUGUUGACUGUGAAUAGCAGCAAAGAUACGAGAUGACUUUUCAGACUGUUGUUGCUUUAAGUGACGAGAUGAGACUGAUUUAAAAUGUUGAAGAUGUAAAUAAAAACAAAAAAAUUGGGUGGAUGUUUUCUUUUUAGGUUGAUACAAAACAACACGACAGAAAGAAUUGACAAAGAAAAUUCUCUUUAUUGACCAUUUCUGAUACAAAUUGUUGUAGGGCACCAUAGAAAUAUAGACAUUGUACAUUUAUAUACGGUGUACAUUAAAAAGAAUGAUCCCAUCCUGUUGAGUUUUACGGUAUAUAAAUGAACGGAUGCAAGAUGUCGGUAUGUAGAACGACACCGAUAUUGUCAAGAGUAUUUGGAGGAUGCUGAAAAAAAAUGACGUGAACCAUGACCGUUGUACGAGUACGGUGAGGGCGGCUGUGCCAAACACACAAAUGUCCAACAGAACAGUAAAGUGGAAAGAGCGCCCUGUCUAUCACAAACACACAAACAUUUGUCCAUGAAAAUCAGAACCAACAUUUCAGUGCACCAGAA